AUGGCGACAAGCCUCGCAGCCAACCGCGCGCCGCUUCCGCUGACGUCCGUCCCGACACGUGGAUCCAAGAUGGCGGCGUCGGCGGCGAUGGAAAGGCUAAGGUAUAUGCUGGUUUUGCUGUUGUUGCUGCACGGUACAGAGUCUUUCUAUGUGCCUGGUGUGGCUCCUAUCAACUUCCACCACAAUGAUCCUGUAGAAAUAAAGGCUGUGAAGCUAACCAGCUCGCGAACCCAGCUACCAUAUGAGUACUACUCACUGCCCUUCUGCCAGCCCACCAAGAUAACAUACAAGGCUGAGAAUCUCGGUGAGGUUCUUCGGGGGGACCGAAUUGUAAAUACACCUUUCCAGGUUUCCAUGAACAUGGAGAAGAAAUGUGAAGUUCUGUGCAACUUUCCCAAUAAGCCGGUCACUCUGACAGUGGAGCAGAGCAAGUUGAUCGCCGAGCGGAUCAGGGAGGAUUACUAUGUCCAUCUCAUUGCUGAUAACCUCCCUGUGGCAACACGGCUGGAGUUUUAUUCCAAUCGUGAGGAAGAAGAGAAGAAGAAGGAGAAGGAUGUGCAGUUCGAGCAUGGAUACAGGCUUGGGUUUAUGGACGGUAACAAGUUCUACCUGCACAACCACCUCUCCUUCAUCCUUUACUACCACAGAGAGGAUGUGGAAGAGAACCAGGAGCCCACCUACAGGGUUGUGCGCUUUGAAGUGAUUCCCCAAAGUAUUAAACUAGAAGACUUGAAGGCUGAUGAGAAGAGCAUGUGCACCCUGCCUGAAGCUACAGGCUCUGCCCCUCAGGAAAUAGAUCCCUCCAGAGAGAACCAGUUGCUCUUCACCUACUCUGUCCACUGGGAGGAAAGUGACAUUAAAUGGGCUUCCCGCUGGGACACCUACCUCACCAUGAGUGACGUGCAGAUUCAUUGGUUUUCCAUCAUUAACUCUGUUGUGGUCGUCUUUUUCCUUUCAGGUAUCCUCAGCAUGAUCAUCAUCCGGACUCUCCGGAAGGACAUUGCUAACUACAACAAGGAAGAUGACAUCGAAGAUACUAUGGAGGAAUCUGGUUGGAAACUUGUGCACGGAGAUGUCUUCAGGCCGCCGCAGUAUCCUAUGAUCCUGAGCUCCCUCCUGGGUUCUGGAAUUCAGCUCUUCUGUAUGAUCCUGAUCGUCAUCUUCGUUGCGAUGCUGGGGAUGCUCUCACCUUCUAGCCGGGGUGCGCUGAUGACUACGGCCUGCUUUCUCUUCAUGUUCAUGGGGGUUUUUGGUGGAUUCUUUGCUGGCCGCUUGUACCGGACUCUGAAAGGACAUCGAUGGAAGAAGGGAGCCUUUUGUACAGCCACGCUGUAUCCGGGCGUCGUCUUUGGCAUCUGCUUCGUCCUGAACUGUUUCAUCUGGGGGAAACACUCCUCUGGAGCGGUGCCUUUCCCUACCAUGGUGGCCUUGCUCUGCAUGUGGUUUGGGAUCUCCUUGCCCUUGGUCUACCUGGGUUACUACUUUGGAUUUCGCAAACAGCCGUAUGACAAUCCCGUACGGACAAAUCAGAUUCCCAGGCAGAUCCCGGAGCAGAGGUGGUAUAUGAAUAAAUUUGUGGGGAUUCUCAUGGCUGGUAUUCUGCCUUUUGGAGCUAUGUUCAUUGAACUGUUCUUCAUUUUCAGUGCAAUCUGGGAGAACCAGUUCUAUUACCUUUUCGGCUUUCUGUUCCUGGUGUUUAUAAUCCUGGUGGUAUCGUGCUCCCAAAUCAGCAUCGUCAUGGUGUACUUCCAGCUUUGUGCUGAGGAUUACCGCUGGUGGUGGAGGACCUUCUUGGUGUCUGGAGGAUCUGCCUUCUACGUGCUGAUCUACGCCGUCUUCUACUUUGUGAACAAGCUGGAUAUUGUUGAGUUCAUUCCCUCCUUACUAUACUUCGGCUACACCGCCCUUAUGGUCUUGUCCUUCUGGCUCCUCACUGGCACCAUUGGCUUCUAUGCAGCCUACAUGUUUGUGCGGAAGAUCUACGCCGCAGUGAAAAUAGACUGAAGAUGCAGAGACCCAGCAGAGAGGAGACACCUCUGAACGCGUGUCCGCCUGGGAGUGGAGGGGACAUCCUCUCCCAGCUCUUUUAAGGAAACAAAAAUCCAGUGGGAGAGUGACAAGAGAAAUAAAUAACUCCUCAUUUUGGAAUGUAACUUUGGCACAGUGUACAUGGAAUCUGGGCUACUUCUGGGGGGAAAAGGGGUCUGUAGAUACCUUACAUUUUAACUUUAUUAUCCUGUUCCAUAUUUAAGGGAGUUUUUUUAGCAGAGAAAUGUCCCUCUGUAUAAGUAAACCCCCUUUUUGCUAA